AAAAUCUGUGGAACAAGCCGAACGGUGCUGUUUUUAGUUUAUUCGAAAAAAGUUAAAUUUUUGCAGAAUUUCAAUAGAAAAAAUACGUUGAACUCAUUUUUCAAUAAUGGCUGAUGCCGCAGCACGUCAGCUGCAAUACGAGUAUAAGGCGAACUCAAAUCUUGUCUUGCAAGCUGAUGUUCGUCUAAUCGAGCGUCCUCGCCGAGAUGAAGCGACGGGUGAAGUACUGUCGUUAGUUGGAAAGCUGGAGGGUACCCGAAUGGGAGACAGGGCACAGCGAACCAAACCGGAAAAGACUGAAGAGCGGAAGGCGAAACGCCAGAAGCGUGAUGAAGCUCAGUACGAUUUCAACAGUAUGAAGGGAGCGACCCUGCUGUCGGAGGGAAUCGAUGAAAUGGUUGGAAUCGUUUACCGCCCCAAGACACAGGAGACCCGCCAAACAUAUGAGGUUCUGCUGAGCUUUAUUCAAGAAGCGAUCGGCGAUCAGCCACGGGAUAUUCUAUGUGGAGCCGCGGACGAGAUAUUGGCAGUCUUGAAAAACGAUAAGAUGAAAGAUCGCGAACGGAAACGCGAGAUCGAUGGUCUGCUGGGUAAUGUAACCGAUGAGAGGUUUGCUUUGCUGGUUAAUCUGGGAAAGAAAAUUACCGAUUUUGGAGUGGACGCAGCUAGUGCGAUGGGGGUUACAGCAGAAGAGCAAAUCGAUGACACAUACGGCAUCAAUGUGCAGUUUGAGGAAUCGGAAGAGGAAAGUGACGAGGAUAAGUACGGUGAAAUCCGUGACGAUGACGUACAAGAUGAAGGCGAGGAAGCCAGAGACGAUGGAAUGUUGCACGCGGAAAACCUCGGUGGCAACGAGGAGGGCAAGAAAGAAAAGGCACUGGACCCACGCGAUAUCGACGCUCAUUGGUUGCAGCGUUGUCUCCGGAAGUAUUAUAACGAUUCCAUGCUAUCGCAAGCAAAAGCCGGUGAGGUCUUAAGCGUUCUAAAGGACGCCGGUGACGAUCGGGAGUGCGAAAACCAGCUGGUUUUGUUGCUGGGCUACGAUUGUUUCGACUUCAUCAAACUGCUGAAGAAAAACCGACAAAUGAUUCUGUACUGCACAAUGUUGGCAUCGUCGCAGAGCGAAAGCGAACGCGUCAAGAUACGCGAGAAGAUGAAGGGAGACGCAUAUUUGGCGAAGAUUUUGCGCCAGCUCGAUACCGGCAAACAGGAGGUGGAGGAUUAUGAAAGUGAGAAAUCAAAAAUGCAACGCCGUAGGAAGGAACAGGACGAUGAUAAUAUGGAGGGUAUUGGAGGGCAGAUUCCUGGAAAUAGAAAUUUGUUGGAGUUGGAUGAGCUGGCAUUUACCCAGGGAUCACACCUUAUGGCGAACAAACGCUGUCAGCUGCCGGAUGGUAGCUUCAGAAAACAGCGGAAGGGUUAUGAAGAAGUUCACGUACCGGCACUGAAGCCCAAACCGUUUGAAGAUAACGAAGAGCUGCUAACGAUUGAAAAGUUGCCGAAAUACGUGCAGCCCGUUUUUGCUGGUUUCAAAACGUUGAAUCGCAUUCAGAGUCGUUUGUAUAAGACAGCUUUGGAAAGCGAUGAAAAUCUACUACUGUGUGCUCCCACGGGAGCAGGUAAAACUAACGUAGCUCUGCUGACGAUGAUGCGAGAAAUAGGCAAACAUAUUAACGACGACGGCACAAUCAAUGUGGAUGAGUUCAAGAUUAUCUACAUUGCUCCGAUGCGUUCGCUGGUACAGGAAAUGGUCGGUAAUUUUGGCAAGCGUUUGGCAACAUACAACCUAACGGUUUCGGAAUUGACUGGGGAUCAUCAGCUUAGCCGAGAACAAAUAGCCGCUACACAGGUUAUCGUUUGUACGCCGGAAAAAUGGGACAUUAUAACUAGGAAGGGCGGUGAGAAAACAUACACACAGUUGGUUCGAUUGGUGAUUAUUGAUGAAAUUCAUCUGCUGCAUGACGAGCGAGGUCCGGUUUUAGAAUCGUUGGUAGCCAGGACUAUUCGAAACAUUGAAACCACACAGGAGGAUGUUCGUUUAAUUGGACUGUCGGCUACUUUACCGAAUUACCAGGACGUGGCGACCUUCUUGCGUGUUCGGCCAGAAACAGGACUUUUCUAUUUCGACAACAGUUAUCGUCCGGUUGCAUUAGAGCAGCAGUACAUUGGUGUCACGGAGAAGAAAGCUCUUAAGCGUUUCCAGGUGAUGAACGAUAUUGUUUACGAAAAAGUGAUGGAGCAUGCUGGAAAAAAUCAAGUGUUGGUGUUUGUCCAUUCCCGAAAAGAAACUGGUAAAACAGCGCGUGCCAUUAGAGACAUGUGUUUGGAGAAGGAUACUCUGGGAAACUUUCUGCGUGAGGGGUCUGCUAGUAUGGAAGUUUUACGCUCUGAAGCCGAGCAGGUGAAAAACGCAGAAUUGAAAGAUCUUCUUCCAUAUGGGUUCGCAAUUCAUCACGCUGGUAUGACUCGCGUCGACAGAACACUGGUAGAAGAUUUGUUCGCCGAUCGUCACAUUCAAGUGCUGGUUUCAACUGCUACCCUAGCGUGGGGUGUCAACUUACCUGCUCACACGGUAAUAAUCAAAGGUACCCAGGUUUACAAUCCAGAGAAAGGUCGCUGGGUGGAGCUCGGAGCCUUAGACGUUCUUCAAAUGUUAGGUCGAGCAGGUCGACCACAGUACGACACUAAGGGAGAAGGAAUUCUUAUCACCAACCACAGUGAACUGCAAUUUUAUCUAUCGCUACUCAACCAACAGCUACCGAUCGAAUCGCAGCUGAUCUCCAAGAUGCCAGACAUGCUGAAUGCAGAAAUUGUUCUUGGAACCAUACAAAACGUUAAAGAUGCUGUCACCUGGCUAGGUUACACCUAUCUCUACAUUCGAAUGCUUCGACAGCCAACUCUUUAUGGCGUUUCAUACGAUGCAAUCAAGGACGAUCCUCUGCUGGAGCAAUUCCGAGCGGAUUUAGUACACACUGCUGCGCUGCAUCUGGAGAAAAGCGGUUUGAUCAAAUAUGAUCGCAAGAGCGGACAUUUCCAGGUAACCGAAAUUGGAAGAAUCGCUUCCCACUAUUACUGCACCCACGAAACCAUGUUGACCUAUAAUCAGCUGCUAAAACCGACUCUCAGUGAGAUCGAAUUAUUCCGCGUGUUUUCACUUUCGGGAGAGUUUCGUAACAUUACGGUUCGUGAGGAGGAAAAGCUUGAACUGCAAAAGCUGAUGGAACGUGUGCCCAUUCCAAUCAAGGAAAGCAUGGAGGAAGCUAGUGCUAAGGUUAAUGUGCUACUGCAAGCCUACAUCUCACAGUUGAAACUUGAAGGAUUCGCUUUGAUGGCCGAUAUGGUUUACGUGACACAAUCUGCGUCUCGAUUGUUACGAGCAAUUUUCGAAAUCGUGCUCCAUAGGGAAUGGGCCCAGCUGGCAGAUAAAUGUUUGACUUUAUGUAAGAUGAUCGAUCGUCGUAUGUGGCAGAGUAUGUCCCCGCUGCGGCAGUUUCGAAAAAUGCCUGAGGAAAUUGUCAAGAAGAUCGAAAAGAAAAACUUUCCCUGGGAAAGACUGUAUGAUCUGGAGGCAAACGAAAUCGGCGAACUGAUCCGUGUUCCAAAGCUGGGAAAAACUAUUUACAAAUAUGUCCAUCAGUUCCCGAAGUUGGAACUUUCGACGCAUAUUCAACCGAUCACCCGCUCUACGCUGAGAGUAGAGUUGACAAUCACUCCGGAUUUUCAGUGGGAUGACAAGAUUCAUGGUCAAUCGGAAGCUUUCUGGAUUCUGGUGGAAGAUGUAGACUCCGAGGUUAUUCUUCAUCAUGAAUAUUUUCUCCUAAAGGCAAAGUACUGCCAGGAUGAUCAUCUGGUGAAAUUUUUCGUGCCGGUCUUCGAGCCGUUGCCCCCUCAAUACUUCCUGAGAAUCGUCUCUGACCGCUGGAUCGGAUCGGAAACUCAGCUACCAGUUUCCUUCCGUCAUCUAAUUUUACCGGAAAAAAAUCUACCCCCAACGGAAUUGCUCGAUUUGCAAGCACUACCAAUCAGUGCAUUCCGGGAGCCCAGAUUUGAGCAGUUGUACCGAUUUCCGCAAUUCAAUCCCAUUCAGACUCAAGUUUUCAAUGCAGUCUACAACAGCGAGGAUAACGUCUUCGUAGGAGCUCCCACAGGAUCGGGUAAAACAACCAUAGCGGAGUUUGCGGUGUUACGCAUGUUAAAGCAGAAUCCCCACGGACGCGUCGUUUACUUGGUAUCGAAGGACUCGCUUGCCGAGCUAAUCUUCAUGGACUGGCAUCACAAGUUUGGGCAGAAUUUGGAAAACGACGACAUGGGCUGUAAGGUAGUGAAGUUAACCGGUGAAACCGGAACAGAUUUAAAGUUGAUCGCAAAAGGUCAGAUUAUUGUGACGACAGCGGACAAGUGGGACAUUCUGUCGCGUCGCUGGAAACAAAGGAAGAACGUUCAGAACAUCCAGUUGUUUAUUGUGGAUGAACUUCAGCUGAUUGGCGGUGAAGACGGACCCGUAUUGGAGGUUGUUUGCUCACGUAUGCGUUACAUUUCCUCGCAGAUCGAGAAACAAAUCCGGAUUAUUGCUCUGUCGGCAUCGUUGUCGGAUGCACGAGAUGUGGCUCAGUGGUUGGGAUGUAACGCCAAUGCGACCUUCAAUUUCCAUCCGAGUGUUCGUCCCAUUCCACUUGAAUUGCACGUGCAGGGUUUCAACAUAACUCAUAAUGCUUCGAGGAUUGCCGCAAUGUCGAAACCGGUAUAUAAUGCUAUUACUAAGUUCAGUCCUCACAAACCGGCGAUCGUGUUUGUAUCUUCGCGUAAACUUGCCCGUUUGACUGCGAUCGAUAUUUUGACAUAUUGCGCAGCUGAAGCUCAACCUAAUCGUUUCUUUCACGCCGAAGAAGAAGACAUCAAACCAUUCUUGGAUCGAAUGACCGAUAAAACUUUGAAGGAAACACUUUCCCAGGGGGUUGCUUACAUUCACGAGGGGUUGACCGCAUCCGAUCAUCGCAUCGUUGAGCAGCUGUUUGACUCUGGAGCUGUUCAGGUUGCUGUCGUUACGCGGGAUCUUUGCUGGGGUCUUAAUAUCACCGCCUAUCUCGUGAUUAUAAUGGAUACGCAGUUUUACAAUGGCAAAAGUCAUUCCUACGAUGACUAUCCGAUCACAGACGUCAUGCAAAUGGUGGGAAGGGCCAAUCGUCCACUGGAAGAUGACGAUGCCAAGUGCGUUCUGAUGUGCCAGAGUUCGAAAAAAGAUUUCUUCAAGAAGUUCUUAAACGAAAGCUUACCCGUGGAGAGCCAUUUGGACCACCGUUUACACGAUCACUUCAAUGCCGAGAUCGUAACUAAAACGAUUGAGAAUAAACAGGACGCAGUUGAUUAUCUUACCUGGACAUUCCUCUACCGACGUUUGACUCAAAAUCCGAACUAUUACAAUCUUCAGGGAGUCACCCAUCGGCAUCUGUCCGAUCAUUUGUCGGAGCUGGUCGAAACAACCCUUUCCGAUCUGGAGCAGUCCAAGUGUAUUAGCGUCGAAGACGAAAUGGACACGCUGCCAUUGAAUCUAGGCAUGAUUGCCGCCUAUUACUACAUCAACUAUACCACGAUCGAGUUGUUCAGUUUAUCGUUGAAUAGCAAAACUAAAAUCCGAGGACUGCUAGAAAUCAUUUCAUCGGCGGCAGAGUACGAAGAUGUGGUCGUGCGCCACCAUGAGGAUAACAUCCUGAAGAGCUUGGCCGGUCGGCUACCGAAUAAAUUGACUGGUCCUAAUGGAACUGCACCAAAGUAUAAUGAUCCGCACAUCAAGACGAACCUGCUUCUCCAGGCCCACCUGUCACGACUUCAACUCGGAGCGGAACUGCAAGGUGAUACGGAGCAAAUUUUGGGCAAAGCAAUCCGUCUCAUUCAGGCUUGUGUUGACGUGCUCAGCUCGAACGGUUGGUUGUCGCCGGCGGUUGCCGCUAUGGAGCUUGCCCAGAUGGUCACCCAAGCUAUGUGGAGCAAGGACUCGUAUCUAAAACAGUUGCCGCACUUCGGUGCGGAUAUUAUCAAACGCUGUCAGGAUAAGAAAAUCGAAACCGUGUUCGAUAUUAUGGAGCUGGAUGACGACGACCGGAUUCGUUUGCUGCAGUUGAACGAUCAGCAAAUGUCCGACGUUGCCCGAUUCUGUAAUCGUUAUCCAAACAUCGAGAUGACCUUCGAGGUGGUGGAGAAGGACCGCAUACACUCGGGUUCCUCCGUGAACGUGGUCGUCAAUCUGGAGCGCGAGGAUGAUGUUACUGGACCAGUUAUUGCUCCGUUCUUCCCGCAGAAACGAGAGGAAGGUUGGUGGGUGGUUAUCGGUGACCCGAAAACCAACUCGUUGCUGUCUAUCAAACGAUUGACUUUACAACAGAAGGCCAAGGUUAAACUGGACUUUGUCGCACCCAGCCCGGGCCAUCACGAGUACACCUUGUACUACAUGAGUGACUCGUACCUGGGAUGCGAUCAGGAGUACGAAUUCAGCAUCAAUGUGGGUGACUUCCAGUCGGAGAGCGAAAGCGAAUCCGACUAGGAAGCCGGUUAAGGUGAGAUUUUUACAUAUUUAAAUGUCAAACUUGAACUAAGAGGAAGUUGGUUUCCUUAGCGACAAUGGUACAUCCGAAGCAGUCGUGUUUAUUUGAUUCUCGCAUAUAAAGUUGACUUAAAAACAGCGAAAAUAAAUCCCAAUAUAAAACCACAAUUACCGGUCUAGAGAAAAACGGAACCGGUGUAUUUUCAA